AUGGAGGAAAUAACGAUCGACAUUGAAGGAGAGUCUUCAAAUUCAAAAGACACGCUGUUUGUUUGUGAAAUCUGCACGAACACUAAAACAAUGAGCGAUGCUUUCUACAUCAGCGGUUGUCAUCAUGCUUAUUGCUCCGAUUGCGUAGCCAUGUACAUCGGUUCCAAACUUGAAGAAAACAUCACAAACAUUGUGUGUCCUAUUCCCGGGUGCAGUGGUUCGUUAGAAGUGGACUUUUGCCGUUCGAUUCUUCCAGCUGAGGUUUUUGAACGGUGGGGUAACGCGUUGUGUGAGACUUCAAUUGAUGUAUCGGAGAAAUUCUAUUGUCCUUUUAAAGACUGUUUUGCUCUUUUGAUCAACGACGGAACAAAGACCGAUAAAAAUUCUGAAUGUCCUAAUUGUAAUAGGAUGUUGUGUGCGCAUUGUAAGGUUCCAUGGCAUGAAGGAAUCAAAUGCAACGAGUUCCAAAAGUUGAACGCCGACGAGAGGGGGAGAGAAGAUGUUAUGUUGAUGAAACUUGCGAAGAAAAAUAAGUGGAGGCCAUGUCCCAAAUGCAGAUUUUAUGUUGCUAAAUCUGAGGGUUGCAACAACAUGACAUGCAGGUGUGGUUGUAGUUUUUGUUACAAAUGUGGAGGUGCCUUCGUUGCCGACAGAUGCAACUGUAAUUUGGGUCAAGAUCUCUCCGCUGUUGAAAAAUUCUUUUCUUUAUUAAUCAUAUUGUUAUACAUGGUUCUCUAUAUUAUAUGGCCAUACAUAUUCAAAUAA